UCCAAAUGCUGUGAAAAAAUGCCAAAAUACAAGCCAAUCUUACAACGACAGUACAUGCUCAAAAUUCAAACACCUUGAAACGACGACCUACCACGCGCAUAGUUCUCUGUUUCAAAUUUUGUAUGCUCACAGUGAGCGAUUGCCGCCGCCGUCAAGCUUUGGGCUGCUCCUCCACUCGGAAACCGAGACAAUGGUCUCCAGCCAUCGGCGGCUGGCGUCGCUGACGAAGCAGCUGACCAGCCACGUGAACGCAGGCCGCCACCGCGACGCGCUGGCCUUCUUCGCGCGGAUGGCCUCCGACCCGGCGCUCCCGCCGCUCUCCGACCCGUCCUUCGCGUACGCUUUCCCGCUCGCCCUCAAGUCCGCCGCCGCGCUCCGCGUCCCUUCCGCCGCCGCCACGAUCCACGCGCUCGCCGUCAAGUGCGGCGGCCUCCUCUGCAGCCCCUUCGUCGCCUCCGCGCUCGUCGCCUCCUACGGCGCCUGCGGGCCGUCCUCCCCGGACGUCGCCCGCCGCCUGUUCGACGAAUUGCCCUGCCGCAACGGCUUCGUCUGGAGCGCCAUGAUCUCCGUGUACGCCCGGUCGGGCGACGUCGCCGCGGCCGUGCGGGCGCUGGACCUCGUCGACGUCGCGCCGACUGCCUCCUGCUUCAACUCCGUGAUCGCGGCGGUCGUGGAGUCCGGGGAGCAUCCGGCCCGGGCCAUCGAGCUCUACCGGCGGAUGCGGGGGUUGGGCGUUGAGCCCUGCCUCAUCACACUGCUGGCGCUUGUCCCUGCGUGCACCGCGCUAGGCGCGUUGAACUCGGUCAGGGAGGUGCACGGCUUUGCGGUGCGGCAUGGCAUGUCCGCGAGCUGCCACCUGGGAAGCUCCCUCAUCGAAGCGUACGGGCGUUGUGGUUCUUUGGUUGCCGCACGGAGGGUCUUUGACAAGGUGGACGAGCGGGACGUGGUUGUUUGGAGCUCCAUCGUGUCGGCGUAUGCAUUCCAUGGCCUUGGAGAUGUUGCGAUGUCACUUUUCAGGUGGAUGGAGCUGGAUAAUGUGCGACCUGAUGGCAUCAUGUUCCUCGGCGUGUUGAAGGCCUGCGGCCAUGCUGGUCAUGCAGAUGAUGCAUUGAAGUAUUUUGAUGUUUUCACCGAGACGUAUGGAGUGGAGGCAUGUGGGGAUCAUUAUUCGUGCUUGGUUGAUGUCUUGGGACGAGCAGGAAGGUUGCAUCAAGCUUAUAAUGUUAUACAGACAAUGCCUGUUAGGGUUACUGCAAAAGCCUGGGGUGCUCUCCUUGCUGCUUGCAGGAAAUACGGGGAGGUGGGGUUGGCAGAAGUUGCAGCGAGAGCACUGUUUGAACUUGAACCGGGCAAUGCAGGAACCUUUGUUUCGCUUGCGAAUAUCUAUUCAGGUGUGGGUAUGCAUGCCGAGGCAGAGCGGGUCAGAAGAGACAUGGAGGAAAGAGGCGUGCAGAGGUCACCUGGAAGCAGUUGGAUGAUACACCGCAAGUCAAGUCAACUUUUCUGAAGGAGGCUCACAUUUGGGAAGUUUCAUCACAGAUUCACAACAAAGUUUAUUCAGAUACACAAUUUCUAUGUCCAUGAAAAGAAACAUCAAAUUUGCUGCUGGAAAUGGUGGAAAGAGAUGUCUAUGUGUCAGAAGUCAUGACCCUUGGCCAAAAUUAUACAUGGAGCUAGGUGGAUAUUGAUGUUCAGCGUCAAUUGUCAAAGUUCAACUCUAGCAGGGAACAUAUUAGCAUCUAAUGUACACAUUGCUGACUUCAGUUUUAUAUGGCAUUUGAUGUUAAACAGUACAAUUUCCUUCCUGCCAAAGUGCCAAUAGCAUUUCCAUCAGCAUUGUUAGAUUUCCAGUUCAAAAGGCUAUAUAGGAAAAAGAGCAUCAUUCGUACAA